GUAGUGGAGACCAUUUAAACAAAUAAUACAUAAUAAUAUAGUCCUUGCUAUAAGCUAGAAUAACCUAAAUAGAUAAAACAAAUUUAAAUACAUUCUAAAAAUAAACAAAUAUUUAAUUAUGAAGAGCAGAGUAAGAUGUACUUUGUGUUCUUGAAAACUAAUGUUGAAACGGAAAACAUGUUUUUGGACAAAUUAUUGGAGCAUUCGUGGCUGUUGGUUGUUAUGAUUUUGUAAUAAACAUAACAUAUUAUAUUGUAAUGAAGUUAUGAACAUCUUAAUACAAUGGCUGACCAUAUGGAAAAAGUACCAGUAGUUAAAAUAGAAACUCUGGAAGAAAACACUUCUGCUGUUGUACAAAAUGAAGAAACAAAUGGAAAUGGACAACUUAAACAACCGUAUUCCAGCACUCCACGGAAUAAAAGUCCUGUAACUAUACAAGAAUGGGUUGAUUCGUUACCUACAACUGUUAUAGAACCCCAGAAGGAUGAUUUUGACCACGUAGAUAUUUUUUCAACAUACACAAGUUUGGAAGCCGAUAAUCUUACAUUAGGCGCAGAAGCCGGCUAUUUAUCUAGAAUUACAACGAUUCCAAUUGUUACUGUUACAACAGAAAGUAACGUAGUUCAUGCACCGUCAGAAGCCGAUAGCCAUACUUCUAGUUUUGAUUCAAAAUUAUUAAACGCUCGUAAACCGGAUCCUGAAGAUAUUUUACUCGGCCUCGGAUUUGGUGGUGGAGUCGAUUCAACAAAUUAUGGUGAAUAUGGGCGUGUACCGCAAAGAUUUCUUCAACCAUCUCAAUUAAAAGGGGUCUCAGUCGAAGAUUAUAUUCGACAUCAACAAGAACUUAUUUAUAUGUAUGAGUCGGGGUUAUGGGGUUAUCGUGGAUUGACAGGGCCACCUCAUGCAAACCCUUCAAUAAUAGUAGCGAAAAUAAUGGAAAAACUCAGAGAACACGAACGCGAAGUACUUUCACCAAAAGUAUCUCCUAGAGUUAUAGUCUCAUCGGCAACUAAUAACUCUUUGCAAAUAGUAGAGAACAAUGAAAAACCAAUUCCAAAUCGUUUUAGUAAAGCAGCUCAUAAUAUUCUAACAAAAAUCAGGGUGAAGUUAGUUGAAAAUGGAAUGAAAAGGAUAAUAGAUUGUGAAUGUACGCCGGGUAGUGUUUUAACACCUGACAACCGGAAAUGGCUCGAUAGUCAGGGCGGUGACAAAUCACCAGAGAUGUCUAGACGAUUGAUAAUUGGACAACAAUCCUUUGUAUUUACACGGGACGGAGCUCUAAUUGAAUCGCCUCCUUCAAGUGUGGUCAACGGAAGUGAAAACUAUUCAGGUAUGGCCAACAAAAAAGAUUCCGUUGAACAAAUUUGUUCAGUGAAAAAUAAAAGUUCAAUUCAAUCGGAUGACGAAUCCCAAAUCAUGUUCAGAGUGGGCUCAUCGUCUACAAUGAGUACAGACGUACAACAAUUAGAUAUAAACAAAAAUAAACCAGAUACAAUGCAUUCGGAUUCUGGCAAAAUAUAUGACAAGGAAUAUAGUCCUGAAAGAGACUUAGAAGAUUUAUUGUCAAUAGUUGAACCUUGUCAAGACGUUAGUAAAGCGAGCUCAGAAGUCGAUUCGGGCGCGGCCUCGGAAAGUGCCGAUACGUCAUGUACCCAAAAUAUUAUUGCCUUUACCGAUUGCGAAAUAAUGAAUAGUGAAAACAUUACGUUGGUUCCAUCGAAGAUUUUAUUAAAACAAUAUGAAGAUUUAUGUAAUUUAAGAGCUAGAUUAAAUGUACUUGGUUGUCCUUUCAAUAUUGUGCCAGAAGAACAGUUUAUAUCACUUUCGGUCGAACAGAGGUGUGCACUGCAGUGUAAAAUAUUGCGAUUGGCUCUUCGUGUCUAUUUAAACCAACUCACCGACGAUGAAGUGCAUCAGGAACUAAAAAGUUGUUUAGGUAAAGAAGUUCAACAUGUUGCUGAUUUGCUAGAUUCAAAUUCUGAUGUUGAUAAACUGGCAAUUAUUGUUCGUCAGAUGACUGUAUUGCUUCAUCAUCAAACUCAUUUGAACACUCAGUUAGCCGAAUUGACUGCUAGAGCUCAAAAUCCACUGGCGUGCCAUGACAUGUGUGAAAUUAUACUGCAAAGAGUUAGAGGUCUUGAACAACUCGUAGAACAGAAUGCAAGUGACUUGGCAGUAAUGAAAGCUCAGUUAUUGAAUAAAAAGUAAAUGUGAUUCAUAUAUAAUUUAUUUAUUCCUAAAAUAUGUUUAAUAUACUUAGUGCUAAUUGAACAAUAUAACAAUUAUGUUAUGAUUAUAGACAAUACUUUUUUGAUUUACAAAUUUGCCUUGAAUAACAAAAAUAUUAUAAUAAUUAGCCAUUAAAAGAAAUUAUGAUAUUUAUUAUUUAUUUACAAUAAGACUACAUCCAUUAGUGAGUCAACUUAAAUCUAAAAAAUUAGAUAAUGUAUG